AUGAUGUCAACGGUACUCCUGUCAUGUCUUCCGUCAACGAUAACACCCCCCGGCGCUCCCAGUGGAUGGGGCUCCGCAGCUUGCGUUCAUUGCCACCGGCGCAAGGUUCGCUGCGAUGCUCGCUCCGUCGGGACCCCCUGCACCAACUGCCGCGCUUCUGGAAAGACCGACUGUCGCAUACACGAGAAGAAGAAGCGCCUUGCACCACGCUCAAUCCUAGACCCGGUUCCGAUCCGAUCUCGGCCCCUACCAACAUCUGACCACACGUCAAAUCCUGCUCUUGCAGCUGGAGCACCACUGCCUCCAAGUUUUCCAACUGCAUUCUCCAGCGGUAAUGCUACACCAAUCCCCGGAGCCCUUCCGCAACAUGGAUUUCCACAAGGCACCGGAUCAGAGGCAUUCGGCCGACAAGGCCACGAAUUGGCGCAUGCCCGUGAGACACACGAGAACAUGCAGCAACAUCUCAUUAAAUUGAUAGAUGAGGAGGAGUCCGGCAGAAGAGAGAUUCAAAGAGGUGUGCGAGCCUUCUACGUGGGUCACGAACUCUCAAACAUGUCUUUCUUGAUCCGGCAACAACGAGAACAAGAUGACAAUGUGUACCAUUUUGCCAGCAAUGAAAUCCCACGGCGCCAAAUGAAGACCGGUCAUGACCAGCUUCUUAUGGAUGCUCUCACACUCCCAGAACCGGCCCUCGCAGACGAAUUGGUCCAGGCUUAUUUCACAAAUGUCAACCCGGGAUUCCCUAUCAUCGACGAAGAUCUGUUCAUGUCACAAUACCGCAACCGGGACCCUGCAGAUCCCCCGCCAAUCAUACUUCUUCAGGCAAUUCUCCUGAUCGGGGCGCAUGUUACCCGUGGAAAAGUAGAGCGAGAUGCUCUCAAGGAGAUUUUCUUCCGCCGAACCAAGUAUUUGUUCGACAAUCGUGUUGAGCGAAAUCGAGACAUCCUUGUUCAAGCGGCGCUUUUGUUAACGUGGCACUCAGAUAAGGCAGAUGAUGAUGUCGCUGCGGAUGCUCACUUCUGGGUAGGGGCCGCUGCUCGAAUUGCCACAGGGCUUGGAAUGCACCGUAAUUCCAUAUCAAGCAGCUUUACGACUCGGGAUAGACGAAUGUGGAGAAGGGUCUGGUUUAUUCUCAUCCAAUUCGAUGUGCUGAUUUCUCUGUCAUAUGGCCGACCUCAAGCAAUCAAUCUGGACGAUUCUGACGUCUCUCCCUUAACGCCAUCCGAUUUCGAGAAUUGUGGCCCUCAUGUCCAAGCAGAGUUUGUGAUCCACUUCACCGAGCUUUGCACGAUGAUCUCGUAUCUCAUUCGCGAUCGAUUUGGCCUUCGGGCGAGUGAGGAACGGCGAAAGGCUGUGCUCCAGGAAGCCGACGGAUCACUGGCGUCCUGGUCCCUGAAGCUUCCUGAUAAUCUCCGACUCCGAGCCUCUGACAUGGAUCCAUGGUCUGCCAUGCUUCAUCUAACCUACAACAACUUCCUCAUUCUCCUGCACCGGCCUCAUCCCAGGGCCUCGGCAUAUUCUGACGACUAUGGCCCUCAUGAUGCGGAAAUUUGCAGCGCAGCCGCCGGAGUUAUCGCAUCCAUCUUCGAAGAGCUCCGCAUGCACGACCGCCUGAAAUUCCUCUGGUACACAGGCGUCCAUACCCUCUUCACAGCCAUGAUCCAAGUUCGGGUGGAGCUUCGGUUCUCCAACCCUGUUCUUGCCAUCAAUGCAUUGCGCCGGUUCGACUCCGCCUCUUACUCGUUACGGGAGUUGUCUCAAUACUGGCUCCACGCCAGCACCAUCCUGCGACUCUUCGAAGACUCCAAACGUCUACAAGAGGAUCUUCGGAUGGCGACUGCGGAACGGCCAAAGCAGUUUGGCGACUCCCAGCCUCAACAUGGGAUGCCAACCAGGUCUCCUGCUCCGUCAAUAAACAUGCAAACUCCGCGACCACUUUCCUUCGGCGUGCCUACUCCCGAGUCCACGCCUCUUCAGACAAACCUCUCACCACAGCCCAAUCCUCCAUUCGAUAACUGGAUCGCUCCUCUCCGACUCAAUGUUGGUCCAAUGGACAGGACCGACUCUUUCUCCAGCAGCAUGCAGGUGGAUUCCAUCGAGCCAGCUCGGGACUAUCCAGAUUGGCGACAGCUCUUUGCCUUCGGGGAUGUAGAUCUGCCUCCACCUGUGGGAAUUGAAGGCCUACCCGAGCUCGAAGAUGAGUGGCGGCAGAUUUACUGGCAGGAUGCUCCGAUGGCAGACCUCAUCCAUGAUGGAGGCUGGAUCCAUGGUUAG